AUGGCGACUGAGGCUUUUACAAUAGCUGUGGUUUGUUCAAGCAAUAUGAAUCGUAGUAUGGAAUCUCAUGCUUUUUUAAGGUAAGAUAAGUUAAUUUAUUACCUAUCUAUUCAAAUUGCUUAUACAUAAUGAACACGAAUAUUUAAUAAAAUAGGGUAGUAAUUUUAUUAAAUAUUUGAUUUUUGGAGGGAGGUUUCCUAGCUACCUUUUUCUGAUUUUGUUCCGUCAUUGCUCUUAUUAGUACUUAAUUAUAGAUAGGUAUUAAUUAAUUAUACCUAUUAUCAAUUAACAUUUUCCUUAAUUAAAAGGUAUCUAUAGAUUAAACAAUAUGAUUUACAAAUAGCCAAAAAUAUUCCAAUAGAACUGUGUUUCUCAACUUUCUCCACCAAUACUAAUUAAUAGUAAAAUAAAACAAAUACAAUUAUGCUUGGAUGUUAUGGGUAACUGAUAAAAAAAGAUCAAGGAAAAAAAACAAAUUUAGUUAUGCAUAUUAUUAGAUUUUCAACAAAUGUAUUUUUAGACAUUGAAUAUGAAGGUAGGUACAAUCAAAAUUUAUUGGUUGGACUUUGUUUCAAAGUUAUAGCACUUUGAAGUAGGAUAUUAUGAUGUAAUGUGACAGUGGACAACAUUAGUUAGGUACCAUAAAGUUAUUCAUUAUUAUUUUUUUUGAGACCUUUAUAAAAUUAUUAAACUAAAACGAUGGUGUAAAGAUAAUUGUAUAAUAUUACAUCACUUGGUAUGCUUCACUCAAUAUGCAUGUAUCAACAAAUAAGUACGAGUGACUUAGUUUCCAUUCAUUUCUAGUUAGUGCAUAAGAAAUUUGAUGUUUGAUUUUUUUAAUAAUUGGAGAAAAAUUAAGAAAAAACAAGAAAAUGUUAACAGUUCAAUUUUUUUCAUAGUAUGGAAAUUAAUUAAACAAAAUGUACACAUGCAGGAUGAUCCAUUUACUGUUUGUAUAUUUAUAUGUAUUGUUUAUCUGAUUGGUAAUUUAUAAUAGUUUUAAUACCUAACAUUAUUUUAUCAAUUAUAUAUUUUAGGAAGGGUUGCUUAUUAUUUUUCAAAGUGUAAUGAUAAUCUGAUUACUUGGAUAAUCAAUAUUUGACUGACAUUUCUAUUGUGCUUAAAAUUGCAUUAAAUUAUAUUAUUAUCAUAGUAUUAUUUAAAAGCUUAAUUUAAUUUAUUUUUUUCACUUUUCAAUUUAUUUUUUUUUUUUUCAGUAAGAAAGGUUUUAAUGUUCGAUCAUUUGGAACUGGUGAUAAAGUGAAAUUACCCGGAAUAACACCUGACAAACCAAAUAUUUAUGAUUUUGGAUGUUCAUAUGACGAAAUUUAUAAAGAUCUAUAUAAUAAAGAUACAUCUUAGUAUCCUUUACUUUACAAUAACUUUUAGGAAUCUUAAUAUAGUUGUUUUACUCAUGAGCCUCCAGGGAAUGUUUGUCACAUUUGUAAAAAAUUAAUUUAUUAUUUGAUUUAAAUGUAUAAGUGUUAUAUGAACAGAAAUGCAAUGUUCUUGUUCCAUCAAAUGAAAAUCGUAAACUAGUCACCAAAAAUGUUAAAAAGCAGUUAUGAUUUUUCUCAACAAAAUAUUAAAAUUAAAAUUUCUCAAGAAACAUUGAUUAAAUAAGAGAAUAAAUAAUAUAUGCCAAAAAAGAUUCUUCCUAUGUUCAUAAUGAUUCACAUUUAACCAUAUAUAUGAACUUGUCGGUAAAACUUGAUGGUCUUUCUAACUGACUUCUAAAGCAUUUGACACUGUACCUCAUAAUUAACUUUUUAGUGAACUUGACCAUAUUGAGAUUGGUGAUCCUCUUUUAUCAUGGUUUCAAUCCUACCUCUCUGAUUGGAAACAAUUUGUUAAACUUAACGGUAUUUCAUCUAACUUGGUUGAUGAAAUUUCUGGUGUACCACAAAGUAGCCACUUAAGUUCAUUUUUGUUUUACCUCUAUGUAAACUUUAUCUCUAGUUAUAUAAAUAAAACUUAAUUUCUUUUUUAUGCCAAUGGUAUUAAAAGAUUUUAUAAAAUUAAAACUCAAGUUGAUGAGAUGAAAUUAUUCAAUUUAAUAUGUGAUUGGUCUCCCAAUUAGGUCUUUCUCUCAAUGUUGGUAAGUGCAAAGUGCGUACCUUCUCUUGAUCAAGAACUUAAUUCAUAAUACUCUGGUACAACUAGAAUGUGUUUUCAUUAUCAAAGACCUUGGUAUUCACUACAGAAGCUUUCUCAUUUUUAACCAUCAUAUAGAUAUUGUCAUUAAUAGAUAACUAAAAGUUUUAAGUUUUAUUAAGCAUUUAUUGAUAACCUUUGUCCACAUCAUACUACUCAUUCAAUUUUCUUUUGUUUACUGUCUAUUCUAGAACUUUCAUUAACUGUGCCCAACUGCUAUAGUAUUUACACUUUUUAAAUUAUUAGUUUAUUGUAGUUUCUCUAUAUCUUAGCCAUUGUAUUUAUAAUAGCCAUUUGGCAUUUAUAUCAUAAAUAGAAUAAUAUAAAAAUGUAACCAUGACAAAUAUACAGAUUUAAGAUAUUGAAAAGUAAGGCCUUAGAAUCAAACUAGGACAGUAUUUAUGUUAGAGCAUACCAAGGCAAAGUAAAGAAUGCAAAGAAAAUUAAGGAAGGUAAAAGAUACAGUUUUUUUGUUUUCAUGAACCGUAAGACUUUUCAAAUUUUUCCAACUGCCUGUUUAUAUUGUGUUCAAAAUUUAAAGAAGGCAUAAGGAUUCUAAGUUACUUUACACAAUAUACUCACUGAAGUAAAGUACUAUUAAAUAAAUAACUAUGAUAAAUAGGGGAGCAACUCCUUUAAAAUGUCAUUAUAUUACAUUUAUGGAGGUUAAAAGUUAAACCAAGAUACUCAGCCCAAAUGCAUAAUAUAUCAAGCUCAACCUGGAAUAGAAGGCAAUCUAUAAGGGUGUUAAUCCUCAAAUAUAUUUUGAUUUCAUCAGCAAAUAGGAGGAAUUCCACCUUAGUUAUCCACUUACCAAUUGAGUUGAAGAUUUUAAAUUGAGGGACCUUAAGGGUCUCCAGAGGUAAUAGGGAAUCGAUCGAAGAUUAUAUUAUAAAUCUUUAUAACUUGCAUUCUAUAUACAAUGUAAGAGUAAAUCUCAGAAAGUAGUCCACUUUAUCAAAGCUUUUCUAAUAUCUAUAAAAUUAUACUUGAUCUUUACCACAAAAGCUAUUUAAUAUGUAAGAAAUUAAAACAACACUGCUGGUAAAAGUUGAAUUACCAAACUUAAGACUGUGUUACUAAUCAGUUAUUGUGUGAUUCAAAUUUUCUUUAUACAAUAAACAAUAUAUUCAAUAAUUUAAAAUCUAAUAGUUUUUAAAAAGUACAUUAUGUAUAAUAAUAAUAAAUAAUAAAUAAAUAUAUGUAUAAUACGGGGUAAUCAAUCUAUCGUAUCUCUGAAAAUAUUAACUUUUUUGAUGUUUGUUUUAUAGACAAUUUUAAAAACAAGCAGCUUUGCAAUUUUAUAUUAUUUUUUUUGUCAUCCUAAUUUUGAUUUUCAAAUGACAAUCUACACUGAAAAUUCCAUAAAUAGAUGGAGUAGUAGUUAAAAUACAUUUUGGUGUUUACAUUUUUAAUUUCUAUCAAUCCUUUGACGAGAUAUUCGACUUUUAAGUUUGGGUCGGGGAGAGUAGUAAAGCAUUAUUUGUGUGGCGGCAUAGCUUCAGCUUUUUAAUGUACCACUUUUCUCCCUGACCUAAACUUAAAAGUCGAAUAUCUCGUUAACAGAUUGACAGAAAUUAAAAAUUUAAACACCAAAAUGCAUUUUAACUACUACUUCAUCUAUUUAUAAAAUUUUCAGUAUAGAUUGCCCUUUAAAAAUCAAAAUUAGGUAGUCGUUUCACCCUCAAAAAUAAGGGUGACAAAAAAUAACACUAAUAUGAAAUUGUGGAGCAACUUGUUUCUUAAAUUUUCUAGAAAACAAAUUCCAAAAAUGUUAAUACUUUUCUAGGUAAUGAGUGUCUUAUGAUAGAUUGAUCACUCUGUAUAUGUAUAUAUUUUUAAUAAUUUAUUAACGAAUUAUAAGCAAUCAAAGUAACCAACUGAGAAAUGAACUAAAGUAGAAAUCCUUAUUUAUUCUUAAGUAAUUUUAUUGUGCCUAAAUUUUUUUUUUUAUAUAUACGUUUUUAAUUUGUUUAUACAUUAUCUAAAAAGAAUAUUAUGUAGUACUCUUUUAUACUAAGAAAUUGCCUAUUAUAACCCCUUAUAAUUUAUUCCUUGUGCUGUCUCUAGACACUAGUGUUUUAUUGGUAUCCGAUAGGCUCUUAUAUAUACCUCAUUUUUUGAUAGAACACAAAUAAAUAAAAUAAAAUAUGAACUAUAACUAAGUCAAGGUCAUGAACUUGGCCCACCCACUUGAUAUAACCAGCUCUAAACCAAUACUAAAAGUUAACAAAUAAUAGCAAAUUUAUAAAAAAAAGUUACCAAGCAUGGGGCACAAGUCCUUUUUUCAAUUUCUCAUAACUCAUUGAAUAAUGUAACUAGAAAGAUAAUACUUUAACUCUUGUCUUAAGAAUUGAACAUUAUCUCAAAUUAACAGAAACUUAUUUUUCAUGUUUUGUGCUCCUAUAAAAUAUCCUAGUAUUGUAUAAUUAUGUGUAUUAAAAAAAUCAAUUAACUUAAAUAGCAAAAAUAAGUAAUAAGGUCUAUUUGUGCACAUUUCACUACAUGACUUACUUGAUCAAGGAUUUAGUGAAUGGGAGAAAAACACUGACCUAAGGAAAAAAGAAACUUAAACAUAACAGCUAAUCCACAUGCAUAACAUCAAAGAAUAAUUAAACUAAAAAAAUAAUAUUUUAUAUUUUAAUAUUAUGCUAUAGACAGUAAAGCAAUAUACUGUUAAGGGUAAAAAGAAUAUGCCUCCGUGAUUUUUAAUACCAAAAUUAUUUUUAUUGAUACAAGAAAAAGAUAAGUUGAAAAAAAAAAUGUUUUAUUUUUUUUUCUUUAUAUCUCUGUAUACUACGGAUAAGUAGAUGAGAAAUUACAUUGAAAUAAUGUAUGCAUACAAUUAACAUUUCAUUAUCAUUCAUAAUUAAUACAAAAAUAGUAGGGAUAACAGGUGAUUAAUUAGCAUAAUAUUAAACAAACUAAAAAUGAAAACUCAUAUUAAGUUGACUUGGAGAAUAUUGGAAUUAAUUAGAGUACUGCGAAUGGACUGGAGAAAUAACUAAACAAAUUUAGCAAAAAUACAAUUUUAACUUGUUAACUUCAAAAAAGAUUUGCUAUUAUUUGCUAACUUUUGGUAUUGGUUUGGAACUGAUCAUAUAAGGUCAAGUUCAUAACUUGUUUCAUAUUCAAGGUUAUAAAUAAAAAAACAUAAAAGUACCAUCUUAAUAAUUGUAAAUUGUUCACAAAUUUAUAAAUUAUUUUAAAUAAGAAUUAAAUAGAGUUUGUUAAAUUAUGAGUUUUAUUAUUAAAUAAUUAACUAUUACUGACUAUGCAAUAAUAUUAUUAUGAACAUAAUCACUGAAAUUAUUGAUAAAAAAGAAUAGUUGUAGUUUUACUACACUAAUAAAACUUUAGAUUUUGUGUUUUUUUUUUUUAUGGUUAAUUAUUCCUUUAACUAAUUUGUAUUUAGUUACACACAAAAUGGUUUAUUAAAUAUGUUAGAUAGAAAUCGAAGGAUAAAGCAAUAUCCAGAAAGAUUUCAAGAGUGUAAGGAGCAAUUUAGCGUAGUCAUUACUUGUGAAGAAAGAGUAUAUGAUCAAGUACUUGAGUGUAUGUUAACAUUAAUAAUUUAAUUUAUACAUGGCAAACUAAUUAUAUCAUUAUAUUCUUUAUGUUAAGAUUUCGAAAGUUUGCAAAGCUUUGGCAAUAAGCCAGUACAUAUAGUCAAUAUUGAUAUUCAAGAUAACCACGAGGAAGCAACUCUUGGUGCUUUUCUAAUUUGUGAAUUAGUAUCUUUGGUGAGAUAAUAAAUUCUAAUUUCAGUAUAAUUUACUUUAUGUAUAAGUAUGUAUUCAAUUACAUCAUCUUCAGCAGUUAUUAUUUAAUAGCCAUUUGUUUCAACUAAUUUCAUUUUUUGUAUAAAAAUGUUUAAUUUUAUUUAAUUUCUAUCCUACUAAACAUAACUAAAUGGUGGUAAAUUAUUUAUUCUCUUAAGACAUGAUAGAGAUUUUGAAUCAAAUUUUACUGGCUUGGAAAUUAAGUUAAAUAAAUGUAUAGUAAUUCAAAUAACUAUGUUUUAAAGUUAAAGGAAAUAAUUUUUAUUAUAUUUGUCAACCUGUUUGUAAUUACCAGGAUAUAUUAUAUUUAUUAUAUUUUAUUCAAUGAAAUAAAAUAUUAUAUAAUAUUACUAUACUAAAUAUUGUAUUAUUAUUCAUUUUUACAAUAUUUAGUGUUUAAUGUAUUUAUUGAUUUUUUUAACGGUUUUGAAAUUACAAUUCAUUAAUUUGAAUACUAUAGGGACUUAAAUUUGUCAAAUAUGUUUGAUUUUUAUUUUCUUCAAAUAUCUGCCAUUUUUAACAUCUACUAAUACUAUCUAUAUUAUAUGUAUUGAUACACUUUGUGUUUAUUUUAGUUUUCCAGAAGUGGCGAUCUGGACAACGAUAUUGAUCAAUUAAUUGAUAAAUAUGAGGAAAAAUGCCACCAACCAAUAUUUUACUGUGUACUUUUCUAUUAA